CGGCGCCCGGACGAUGCUCAAGUCUCGGCUCCGCAUGUUCUUGAACGAGCUGAAGCUGCUGGUGCUGACUGGCGGGGGGCGGCCCCGGGCCGAGCCGCAGCCCCGGGGGGGCGGGGGAGGCGGCUGCGGCUGGGCCCCCUUCGCCGGCUGCUCGACCCGGGACGGCGACGGAGACGAGGAGGAAUACUACGGGUCGGAGCCGCGGGCCCGGGGCCUGGCCGGCGACAAGGAGCCGCGGGCCGGACCCCCGCCUCCGCCCGCGCCGCCGCCGCCGCCGCCGCCCCCGGGCGCGCUGGACGCGCUGUCGCUCAGCAGCAGCCUGGACAGCGGGCUCCGAACCCCCCAGUGCCGAAUCUGCUUCCAAGGCCCGGAGCAGGGGGAGCUCCUGAGCCCCUGCCGCUGCGACGGUUCCGUGCGCUGUACGCACCAGCCCUGCCUCAUCCGCUGGAUCAGUGAGAGGGGCUCCUGGAGCUGUGAGCUCUGCUACUUCAAGUACCAGGUCCUGGCGAUCAGCACCAAGAACCCACUGCAGUGGCAGGCCAUCUCUCUGACAGUCAUCGAGAAGGUCCAGAUUGCAGCCAUAAUUCUGGGCUCUCUCUUCCUCGUCGCCAGCAUCUCCUGGCUCAUCUGGUCCUCACUCAGUCCUUCAGCCAAGUGGCAACGGCAGGAUCUGCUCUUUCAGAUCUGCUACGGCAUGUACGGCUUCAUGGAUGUCGUUUGUAUAGGCCUCAUCAUCCACGAAGGCUCUUCUGUCUACCGUAUCUUCAAGCGCUGGCAGGCAGUGAACCAGCAGUGGAAGGUCCUGAAUUAUGAUAAGACCAAGGACAUAGGAGGAGAUGCAGGGGGAGGAAUGGCAGGGAAGCCUGGCCCCAGGACCUCACGGACAGGCCCCCACUCUGGGGCAGCCAGCCGCCCCCCAGCUGCCCAGCGCAUACGGACGCUCUUGCCUCAACGCUGUGGUUAUACAAUCCUCCACCUCCUAGGACAGCUGCGGCCACCAGAUGCCCGUUCCAGUGCCCACUCUGGCCGUGAGGUUGUCAUGAGAGUCACCACGGUGUGAAUCCCACUCCAGGAGUGGGGAUCUUGCAUCAAUGCAUCGGCCACAGAUAAGGUGUCAUGCUGCUGGAGGUCCACCUGGACAAGGUGUUUGGGGCACAGUGCUCCCACCGCUGAGGCUCUCUGGGCAGCCUCAGGCUGGGGACAUUGUCUGGCCUCUACUGCCCACUGGGUAGAGACACCUGGAUGACAUUCUAGCUCCUCACACUCAUCCUGGGGCAGUCAGUGGGCAGGUGGGGAGAGCAGCUUUUCUUCCCUGGAGAACCGUCCUUACCUCAGCUCCUAGGGCCUCCAGCCCCAACCCCAGCUCCACCACAGUGACUUGGUGAAAGGGAACCAAUGCCAGAAGAAAGGGGGGUUAUAGACCCCCAUUCCCCACCCCACGGCCACAGGGCAGCUGGCAAUAAGACUAGUAUACCUUGACCUCCCCGUUCCCUGCAUGAGGGCGGGGAACCUCCCCCUGCUCCACCCCCCAUUGCAUGGGGGGAGGGGAUAAAGAAUCAUUUAUAUGCACGUGGAGACUCCUUUCUCAUCUGGGGUUUUUCUGGAAGGUGGGAGGUGUAGGGAGGUUUGUCUGCAGAAGUUGCAAAUCCCAAAUGCAGCAGUGGGUUCAGAGUUGGAGGUGUAACUCCCACUUGCUUGUGAAUAAUUCACAUUGGCUGCUAGGUGGCAGUGCUCAGAGGUAUCUAAGGGGUGUACCUGCCACCUUCGAGUUGUGUGAUUUUAGAAAAAAAAUCUCUGCUGUGGUUUUCCUGUCUACCUCAUAGGGUUAGAAUGAGGAGAAAUGAGGGACAGGUUGAAUGCCAUUGCAGAGAAAAUCAGUGAUGGCAUAAAAAGACUUCUAGGCUAGAUGAUGAUCCAUUUAUUUUAAAUAGUAGCUUAACAAAUUCCAGAAUGUGUUUUUCAUCUGGAGUUGCACAGAACCUUGGAGAUUUACAUUGAGUGUCAUAAUAGCUAUGGAAAUAUGAGGGAAAUAGACAUUGCAAAUGUGAGGAAUGGUAGUUAUUUGCAGGAAUGAGAGCUACUCCAGCCCCCUAAACAUUAGGGGCUGGGGAAGGCUGAAGCUAUCCUUCUUGCUCUGGGGAUCUUGUAGAUUCUAUUAAUCCUUCCCAGGGAAUGUGCUCAUUCAGAGACAUGGCAUGAAAUGAAUUGGACACAUUUGGAGUGAAACAGAUUCUCCCAAUGUUGUGAGUCGCCAAUGCCAGUUUAAACUACUCUUGGCAUCUCAGGUUCACAGGUCUGAUCCUGGUGUGUCCCAGCUUGGUGUUAACUGGAAGGUGUGCUUGGAGGCAGCAAUGUAGAGGGCUUUAUGGAGAUCAUUUUUGGGAAGGACUGGUUAAAAUGUGGGUCAUCCUGAAGCCUGGUCCCUUUCUCCUGAGGCUUUGGGACUGUAUUAUAUGAAUGAUGGAACUAUUCAUCAGCAAUUAAAAUAAUUACUUCAUUCAUUGCUAAAGUCAGAUCCAGAGGCCUUUCCUAUUAUUGGUACUUCUCUCAGGGAAGGUUCUUCUCUCCCUCCUCCCUGGGGAUGUUUUGAGGAAAAUGCUUCUCUACUAAAGAUCACAUAUCCUCAUCUUGGAAA